GCAAGGAGCCGGAGCCUCCAUGUUGGGGAAGCUGGCGGCGCAGCAGUGACCGAGCUCUGGGGACCCGGGGCCUCUAGGGCCGGAGCCUCCGAUCCUUGGCGCCAGUUUAUCAAAACUCAACUAUUGAACACAUUCCAGAUUCCUCGGAUGCUAACAUAACGUUAUAUUUCCUAAGUAAAGAUGAAGAACAAAAAAAAAUGUGUUUCAGAUAUUGAGGAUCAAAAACAUGAAGAUAUGGAAGGUGAAGAGAAUGAAGAAGGCUGUUCCUGUCUUCCUACUGUGUUAUAUGAUGAAGCUGACAGGUGCCCAAUCUGUUUAAACUGCUUUUUAGAACAGGAGGUUGGAUUUCCUGAAAACUGCAGACACUUCUUCUGCAUGACCUGUAUUCUUAAAUGGGCUGAAAUCAUGGCUUCAUGUCCAGUUGAUCGCAAACCUUUUCAAGCAGUGUAUCAGCUUGGUGCAUUGAAAUACCAUAUUAAGGUUCAGGAGAAGAUUCAACUAAGAGAUAAGGGAGAAAAAGAAAAUUAUUGCUGCAAUAAGGAAAAAUGUUAUCACAUGAAUACAAAAAUCUUAACGAGAAAGGAUACACAUGCAGACAAAGGACCAUUAAUAGAAAAACUCUGUAAAAAUUUGAAGAAUGACAGUGGUAUUUCAGAUGAAGAAAGAAAUAAGGAAACUGCACCUGUAAAGAUAAACAAGUUAUGUAUGCCCCAGAGAUCCCAUCUGCCCCUACCUAUGUACACGUCUCCUAACUGCCCAGCUGCCUUUUUAGACUCUCUGUGCAAGCCUAGAAGACAGACCUGCUCCACUGAGUGCUUGAAUAAUAAUUUCUGCAAUAGAUCUCCUUCCAUUGGAGAAUCCUUCUCUAGCUAUAGAAAUGACUGUACAGAAUCUAUAGAAAUCCAUACAGUGAUUGGACAAAAGAGACGAGAACUGGAAUUGUCGUCGUCAUCUGUGUUAGCUAGAGUUCAAAGAAAUACCUUCAUGUUUUAUGAAGCUGAAGCUGAAACUUAUCUUCUUGCUUCCAGUAUAAUGCCAAGGACUGUUUUUCCAACACAUACUACGCCUCUGGAAAAUUUUGGUAAACUUUUUUUUUAUCCUUCAGGAAAGAGAUAUGCUGUUGCAUGUACACAGGAAGGAGAGGAAAAAAAACAAGCUUCUAGCACAUCUGGCACUACUAGAGGAACAAGAAAGAAGACUGCAAAUACUACUCCUAGAAGAUCUGCGCGGAACAGAAAAACUGAGACUAUGAGUCAGUCUUGCAGCUCACCAAGAUCAAGUAAUUCUGGAUGUGAUGCCCCCAAUGACAAUAACUCAACUAUAAAUGUUACUUCCUCUGCAGAACCAGAAAAAUCGCUUCCAAAACGAAAAUCUAAAAGAGGAGUUAAACAGCAGGUACCUUUGGUUAAAAAGAAACUUAGAAGUUCUUUGCGUUCUGAAAAAUCAUCCAGUGAUUCAGUGGAAGAUGAUGAAACUGCUGAGUCUGAUACACCUCCUAUAUUUACGAAAGACCACCCAUCAGAUAUUGAAAGUAGUAACUGCUGUCUUAUGCACACAAAUAAUGCAGAAACAGAGUCUGCUAAUGGCUUGGAAAGCCUUAGUGAACAUGUAGAGAGGGAGGAGCUUACUAGCGAAUGUGACAAAGAACAGGAUACCCUAGAAAAUUCAGACUCAGGUUCCUGUAUUCAAGAACCUCCUGUGUUAAACUUAGAGAUUCAGGAAUGUGAAAUAAAAGAUGUUAAUGAAAAUGCUACAGAUUUUGAGAAUAAGGGUGUCUGUGAAAAUGUUCUAGAACAAGUAGAACAACCAGUGAAUAGUAUCACAGAUGAAUUACUUGAGAAUUCAAAAACAUCUAUAAAAGUAGAUCAAGCAUUAGUGAGUGUCCAAAAUGAAAUGCCUGAGCAUCUAGAAUCUGUGGCAAAAGUAGAUCAGUUUUUAGGUAGCCCCAGAAGCUAUUUGACUGAGCAUCCAGAAUCCAUAGAAACUAACGAUUCUGAGGACAAAGAAAAGUCAGCAAAUUGUAAUAGUGUAAAUACUGAGGACAUACAAACUGUGCAAGAUACUGAUACAGUUGUAUUAACAAGUAAUAUUUCUCUAGACAUUAAUAAAUUGGACCAGUCUUUAGAUGAGGAGCCCAUACCGGUAUGUGAGGACAGAACUUCAGAGUUACUCGAGGUGAAUGUUGAACAAUCUAAGAAACAUUUUAAUGAGGAUAACAGUGAAAUUAUAUCGAAGGAUUGUGGCCCGUUUUGCAGCGACCAGAUUGAAUCUCAUGUUGAACAGCCACCACUGAUUGUUGGCAUAAAACAAGAGGAGGCAAGCUCAUUGCAGCAAGAUUCUGAAUACUGUGUAUCUCACUCAGGUCUUUCUGACAAAAAAGAUGAAGAUGCUCAAGAAACAGAAUGCUCAACAGAAUUUAAAAGAGAUAAGAAGACUCGAACUAGAAAGUCUAGAUUUCACUCUCCAUCAACAACUUGGUCUCCUUCCAUGAGGGAGGGUAGGAAAUCUCAGUCACCGUCUCCCAAAAGGGAUAUUGUGAGAGAGGGCAGGAUGUCUCGGUCACGUGAAAGGGAGACUAUCAGGGAGGGCAGGAGAUCUCCUUCUCGGUCUCCAAAAAAAGAGACUGUCAGAGGAGGCAGGAAAACACCAUCUCGGUCUCCUAAAAGGGAGACUGACCGGGAAGGUAAAAGUUCUCCUCCUUGGUCAAGAGUUAAAGAUUUCUCUCCAAGACAAAAAUCUAGGUCUCAAAGCAAAGACAGAGAUACUGAUAGAGAUGGACAAAGGAGAGAUCAUGAUAGGGAGAGAAGAAAUAGGAGGUGGUCAAGAUCUCGGUCGCGAUCUAGAUCAAGAUCCAGAUCAAGAACAAGAAAUAAAGGUUCUUCAUUCAUUAGGAAUGAGCGAGAUGGCCACUCUCCUCGUUGGAAAGAGAGGUGGACAAAUGACAGCUGGAGAAGUCCCAGAGGAAAUGAUAGAUACAAAAGAAGUGAACAGGAGAAACAGAAUGAAAAUAUGCAAAAAGAAAAAGACAAUACAGAUGAAAGUAUUGAUGAACCAUCAUCUUCUGAAAAGCAUAAGAAUGAUUGUCCAGACUGGGUAAUGGAAAGGAUAAAUUCUGUUCCGGAAAAUAGGAGCAGAGAAAGAGACAAAUUUAAAGAUUCACAAUGGGAAGAAAAUAGAUACGAUAAUUCAGGGCAUUCUUGGAAUAAAACCUUUGGUUCAGGUUGGAUUUCAAAUCGUGGCAGAGGUGGCCGUAACAGAGGUGGCCGUGGCAGAGGCGGUUUUAUGUAUGGAGACCAGAAUGAAAACCACUGGCAAAAUAGAAAACCUCUCUCAGGAAACUCAAAUGCUUCUGGGAAUGAAACUGCAAGGUUCCCAGAACAUCAACCCUACAGGCGUAAGAAUGAACAAGAUUUUUCUUUUGAUACGCCUGCUGAUAGGUCUGGGUGGACAUCUGCAUCUAGUUGGGCUGUAAGAAGGACAUUACCUGCAGAUGUACAGAACUAUUAUUCACGAAGAGGAAGAAAUUCCUCAAGUCCUCAGUCUGGAUGGAUGAGGCAAGAAGAUGAGACAUCUGAACAAGAUCCAAACCUCAAAGACCAAACAAACCAACAAGGUGAUGGCUCUCAGCUACCAAUAAAUGUGAUGCAGCAACAAAUGAAUGUAAUACCACAAGUGAACGCCCAACACCAGCCUAUGAAUAUUUUCCCAUAUCCAAUGGGUGUUCAUGCUCCUAUGAUGAACAUCCAACACAAUCCAUUUAACAUUCAUCCUCCGCUGCCCUUGCAUCUCCAUACAGGAGUACCUCUCAUACAGGUAGCUGCUCCUACCAAUGUGUCUCAGGGAUUACCACCACCUCCACCGCCUCCCCCACCAUCUCAGCAAAUCAGCUACAUUUCUUCACAACCAGAUGGAAAACAGUUGCAGGGUAUUCCUAGUGCUCCUCAUGUAAGUAGUAACUUGAGUGCACCACUCUUGCCUGCUCCAACAGCCGCCCUGGGAAAUGUGGGAACAGUUCAAGGACCAAGUUCUGGUAAUCCAACAUCAAGUCACAUCAAACCCUCUAAUGCUGCUGUAAAAUUGGCAGAUGACAAAGUAAGUGUAACGGUGGAAGCCAGCGCAGAUAGCUCGAAGAAAGACCAGAAAUUGUUAAUUCAAGAAAAAGCAGCACAUGAGGUAAAACUGGCUAUCAAACCUUUUUACCAGAAUAAAGAUAUUACUAAGGAAGAAUAUAAAGAAAUUGUGCGGAAAGCAGUAGACAAAGUUUGUCAUAGCAAGAGUGGAGAAGUCAAUUCUGAAAAAGUGGCAAAUCUAGUGAAAGCAUAUGUAGAUAAAUACAAACAUUCACGGAAGAAAAAUCCAGAGGAUGCAGUCUCUGCUGAAAGAAAAAAAGAGUAAAAUGAAAAAGAACUGAGAAAAUGAUCAAGAUAAAUCUGCAAAGUGCAAUUUCUACAUGAACCAUUAACUGAAAAUUAUACAUGAUUAAUUGGAAUCUGGUUUUGAUAAAAAUUAUUUUUCAAUGUAGUAUAUGUUUUGUUCUAAAUAAAUAUAGAUCUAACUGCAACUUCUUUACCCUUUUCCAGUAAAGAGGCUUAAAAGAAAGUAAAAGGUGUAAAGGAGAGUGCAUUUUUAUUAGGAAUGUACGAUUGUGUGGAUACUAGCAGAUGUACAGCAUUUUGACUUGAAUAAUGAAGUGCAUAAAAUUAGAAACUUCUAAUUACAUUGGUUUUGGAACAGGUAUGUACAGUACAUGUAAUCAGUCAGGUUAAAAAUAUGAAAGUAAGAUUUUUCUCUUUGAUUUUCCCCUAAUUAUAAUAAUGUAUUCCCCUGACAUAUUUCUAGUGUUAACUGGACAGAUGGCUUGCAGGGGUCUGUGUGUGUAUAUAAAAAAGCACAUGGCUGUCUGAACAGAAGAGCUGUUUAGAUUUAAAAAAAAAUCAUACAGUAAGAUUCAGUGUCCAAUAUCAUGGGCGCUGUACAUCUAUUGUAACACCAAAUAAAGGUUAUGCUGCUUGU